AGCCUGCUCCUCAUCGAUGUCCGCAGUGAAGCCUCUUACCCAGGGGGUUCCAUCCGCGGGAGUUUGCAUAUUCCCGCGCGAGGGUUCUGGUGGAAUCGAGGAGCGCUGUAUGAGAUGGCGUACAAAGCUGACGUGGAGUGGGUCUGCUUCGUGGGUGGAGAGGAGGGGGAAGGGGAGGAAGAUAGGGCGAAGUUGUGCGCGGGGUGGUUCCUGGAUCAUGUUAGAGAUACGGCGCAGGAUGACAAUAUGCAUGUUGCUGUUCUAGAGGGAGGAGUUGAAGGAUGGGUGAUGAGUGGUCCGAGGUUUGUGGCGUUGAUGGAUGGGUAUGAUGGGAAGUUCUGGGAGAGGUGG